AUGUCUUCAUCAGAUUCGGAUUCUAUUUCUAUUUCAGCUCGGAGGCGAUCUGGUCGAAAUACUGGCCGACAAAUAAAUCUUAAAGAGUCAGACGAUGAAAACGAAAGUUUUGAUGAACUUCCUUUGAGUGAAGCUAAAUCUGUGAAAACUGAAAGUGAUGACGAUGAGGACGAUGUUCCUAUAGGAAGUAAACGCGCUCCUGUAGAGAAAAAAAACAAACGCCCUACGAAACGUACCAAAAAUAACAAUGAAACAAAAAAAGGGACUCGCAAAAAAGCUGAACCGGUUAAGGAGGAGGAUGAGGAUGACCUACCAUUGAAUACCAAAGCCAAGCCAAGAACAGCCAGAGGAAAAUCUAAGGAAUCAAAGAAAGUCAAUGGUACCCCUGUAAAGAAAGAAGAAAUGGAUGAUCGAGACUUAACUCCGUUAAAAAGUGGUCCUCCAUCUCCAUCGCCUAAAUCCAGUACGAUUACUUCUCGUAAUCGUUCUCCCAAUGAUGAUGAUGAAGAAGAAGAAGAAGAAGACUUUAAAUGGUGGGAGCAAGGAAAUAUUGAUGGUACCCAAAAAUGGUCAACCCUAGAGCACAGUGGUGUCUUAUUCGCUCCUCAAUAUGAACCUCUGCCCAAAGACGUUAAACUUUACUAUGAUGGAAAGCCGGUUGAUCUUCCUUUGGAAGCAGAGGAAGUUGCAGGAUUUUUUGGUGCAAUGGUAGAAACAGAUCAUGCAAAAAAUCCAACCUUCCAAAAAAACUUUUUUCGCGAUUUUCUAGCAGUCUGCAAGGAAUGUAAUUUUAAACAUAAUAUUAAGGAAUUUUCAAAGUGUGAUUUUUCCCAGAUGUUCCACUAUUUUGAGCGAAAAAGAGACGAAAAACGAAAUAUGUCAAAGGAGCAAAAGAAGGAAAUCAAGAAGAAGAAAGAUGAGGAAGAAGAAAGCUAUAAGUGGUGUACACUGGACGGUCGUAAGGAGCGUGUUGGUAAUUUCCGCAUUGAGCCUCCUGGACUUUUCCGUGGCCGAGGCAAUCAUCCUAAAACGGGCUCACUAAAGCGACGUGUUUUUCCAGAGCAAAUUACGAUCAAUAUUGGAAAAGAAGCACCUGUUCCGAAGCCUUUACCGGGGCAUCACUGGGCUGAAGUAAGACAUGAUAAUACAGUUACUUGGCUAGCUACUUGGCAUGAAAAUGUUAAUAAUAAUGUAAAAUACGUAUUCUUGGCGGCUGGUAGCUCUUUAAAGGGACAAAGUGAUUUGAAGAAAUACGAGAAAUCUCGGAAACUAAAAGAUUAUAUUGAUGAUAUCCGUGAGGGUUACACUAAAGACCUCAAAAGUGAUUUGACAGUGGAGCGCCAGCGAGGAACGGCCAUGUAUUUGAUUGAUGUUUUUGCCCUUCGUGCCGGUAACGAAAAAGGUGAAGAUGAAGCAGAUACUGUCGGUUGUUGUUCAUUGCGUUAUGAGCAUGUUAGUCUUAAACCCCCGAACAUUGUCAUUUUUGACUUUUUAGGUAAAGAUUCAAUCCGGUAUUAUAACGAAGUUGAGGUAGACCCUCAAGUGUUUAAGAAUUUGAGAAUCUUUAAACGUUCUCCAAAGAAAGAAGGAGAUUUGAUAUUCGAUCGUCUGACCACCAACACCUUGAACAAGUACCUUACUAGUCUAAUGGAUGGACUGUCGGCCAAGGUAUUCCGUACAUAUAACGCAUCUCAUACGAUGAACGAAGAACUAAAGAAAAUGCCAAAGAGCUUAUCCCUUGCGGAUAAGGUCUUGUUCUAUAACCGUGCCAACAGAACGGUAGCAAUUUUAUGUAACCAUCAGCGGUCUGUUACAAAGAAUCACGACGUUCAAAUGGAACGGUACGAGGAACGUAUUAAAGCUUUACAAUAUCAAAGACUUCGUUUACAUAGAAUGAUGUUAAGUUUAGAACCUAAACUAUCCAAAAAAAUGCCGGAACUGGUGCAGGGAGAAGCAGGUAUAGAUGAUGAAUGGGUUAAAAGGCAUCACGAGUUACUUUAUGAAUUAGAAAAGGAAAAGAUCAAGAAAAAAUUUGAACGUGACAACGAAAAAAUCAUGGCCGAAGAUCCGAAAGGCAAGCUUCCUGACAAUGAGUUAGAAAAGCGAUUAACGGCAGCUGAUCAGUUAAAAGCGGUAUUGGAUGCUGAGUAUAGAACAACGAAAGUGCAUCCUGGACGAGCAACGCUGGAACGAUUGGAAAGCCGUUUGUCAAAAUUGAACGACCGAAUCAAGGUGAUGCGUACUCAAAUGAUCGACAAAGAUGAAAACAAGACGACGGCUUUAACAACUAGUAAAAUCAACUACAUUGAUCCACGGCUUACGUUUUCAUUUAGCAGGCGAGAAGAAGUUCCUAUAGAGAAAUUGUUCAGUAAAACGAUCCGCGACAAGUUUAAUUGGGCCUCUGAAACACCCGCAGAUUGGGAAUGGUGA